UAAGCAGUUCGUCAAUUUUAUUGAUUCGAUUGCUAAAGCGUUUGUUAAACAAACAGUUUAUAAACUGAAUAAUAUCCACAGCGAAAGGCUGUAAAUAGUUUAAUUAGAAUGUUAUGGUAUUGAAAACUAAUAGAAUAUAUUAGUUAUAUUAUAUAGUUUUACAGCACUAGGUGACAGAGGUCUUUAAAUUUGAUAAUGCAUCGAAGAAUUGUUUAAUUGGAAGUUAUGGUAUUGAAAACUGCUAGAACAUAUUAGAUAUGUGACAUUCCUUUACAUACAUAGCAACACAUUAAAGAUAAGAUAAGAAAAAAUUAUGGCGGCGAACAGACGAAUAUGGCGGUCUGAUACUCUGGUGACUAAUUUCAAACACAUGAUUUGUUUUUAUUUAAAAGUUUUAAAGACCGUUUAGUAAAAUAUCUUUUGGAUUAUGUGGUGCAAUCAAUAAUCUCAUCAUAGGACUGUUGAAGAGCGAGGUUUUAUAACAAUAACAUACCACCUAUGCUCAUCACGUUUUAAGAAGAUUUGAAACAAAGGCAACUCCAGAAGUAUUUUAAAGAGAAACAUACACAACAUGUACUUAUUUAAGAGACAAUGAAGACGGGAAUUACUAAAAUAUAACAUAGCGUUGCAUUCAGAGUUUCGGCAGUUUCGAAGAUUUGAAUUUGAAAUAAUAUUAUUUGAAUUUAUAAAUAUUAACAGGACCCGCCCUAAAAGUUUUUGUUUCGUUUUUUUUUAUACGUGUGUAGAAAUACUUAGUUUUAUAUAGUGUAAAAACUUUUUUAAAUGGCGGAAAAUGGAACGGACCCAGACGUAGAAAGAGUGAUCGAUUUAUUCGAAUUAAACGGUGAAGCCACAGCAACCAAGGAUAAGGUUGAACAAAUCGUCAGAGAUUUAAGUUUCACCGAAAAGGAGGCCGAUAUAAUAUUUGAUGUGCUGGACACUGAUAAAGAUGACGUCAUCACAGCUACUGACGUCAAGCUUCAAUUCGGACCGCCGGGUUUCGAUAGACAUUGUAAGUCACUUCCGGUGUCUCCACAAGGAACAUAUCAUAGUAAAACAAGACUUAAGCGGUGUAGACGCAGCGUUAAAAGAUAUUUUAGUUUAGAUGGUUAUCAAAAUAACAAGCCAGCCCGGUCACUGUUAGAUCUUCCACAUUUCUUUCUCUUGCCAGUUAAACGUCAAGAACAGGUGUGUGAAUUAUAUCAACGUCUACAUGACAGUAAUAAUACCGAUCUCUUAGAAUCAUUUGAAAAUAUCAUCCUUGGGGUUAUUAAAGAUGUCAGAACUUACCAAACAGAAAACGAACGAUUGGAAAAAUCAUUCCGAAGGGAGAAGGAAAGUCAUGAAAAACAUCUUCAACAUUUGGAAGAGGAGAUGGAAGCCCAAACACAGAAGAUAGAAGAACGAGUUCGCAAACAGCUACAAGACAAGUUUGAAGCAGACAAAGAAGACUUAAGAAAUCAAAUGGAUUCAGAAAUAACAAUGUUACAACAAAACUUAAAAAGGUUCCAAAGCCAAGGGCUAACUGAUGCCGGAAAUAAAGCCGAAGAACAAGUAACGCAGUUGAAAGCGAAACUAGACGAGUUAAAUUAUGAAAAUAGAAAUUAUAAAAGUGAGUUAACGGAUGCUCAGACCAAUCUAGCUCUAGUUAGAUCAGAAUUAGCUUCUAUUCGACAACAAUUUAAAGAGAAGUGUCACGAAUAUGACAAUGAGAAAGAAACGGUGAUGGAUUAUAUUAAGGAACAGGAUAAUCUAACCAGACAACUUCAUCUAUUACAUGAUGCUAAUAAGAAGUUACAUGAUACCAAUGAUGAUUUGAGGAAUUGUCUUGAAACAGUUAAAACAAGUCAUAAACGAAAUCUUUCGAAUGGCUCUGCAGGAAGUGUUCGUAGUGUUUCUCCUCGUCAUAGUUCUAGAAAAGGUUCCAUCAUGAGUGACUAUUUCGACAAUACUCCCGGCAACCGUUUUGCGCGAGCAUUUAGUCCCACAUCCUCGCUGGCCGAGGAAAUGGUUAACCCCGAAGCUUCUGGAGAAUCAAGGCAUCAUAGAAGAGGAAGUUGUGGUGAAAGUGUACCGGAAGACAUGGAUAGCGGUCGUUCGACCUUGAGAGAUAUCAAUGACCUUGACUCAGAUGAAGAGUCAACCUUUACUGAUGCACGCAGUUUGGAAGCACGUGAAAGCAGGAGGAAUACUCGACUCCGAGCAGCAGCCGGGUAUGAAGCAGAAGGGGAGGAUUACGAUUCUCACGAUGAAAUGGAAACGGAAGCCGAAUCCUUCAUCGAACCAACAGAAGCAGAGGUGUACAAAGUACUGGGGUCAAAGGCCAAGCGACCGUCAUCAACCGGAAGCCGCGGAUCUACCAAGAGUGUUCGAUCGAUACCCAAGGAUGAGGGGAACAAUUUGACAUCCAAAGUAGGACGAGGGUCCAGACGGAAUUUAUCCGCCACACAGGAGGCUGUUGAGACAAAGAUAACCAAAGAACCAGAGAGGAUGUAUAAGAUAGUUUUAGCUGGUGACGCUGCUGUGGGUAAAUCCAGUUUUAUUAUGAGAUUAUGCAAGGGAAAAUUUGUCAACAAUCUCAGCUCAACUUUAGGUGUUGAUUUCCAAACCAAAGUAAUAGAAGUUGAUGGCCGCACGAUAGCGCUACAGUUGUGGGAUACGGCUGGUCAAGAGAGAUUCCGCAGUAUCGCUAAAUCUUACUUUAGACGGGCAGAUGGUGUCCUACUACUGUAUGACGUCACAUAUGAAAGAUCUUUUAUCAAUGUUCGAGAUUGGGUAGAGGCCGUUGAGUCUGUUACACAGGACGGAGCCCAAAAGAAAAUACCCAUAAUGCUAUGCGGUAACAAGACAGACAUGCGUGUUGAAAUGGAACAACAGGGCCGGCGAACUGUCCGAUCUGAAGACGGUCAAAGACUGGCUAAGGAAUUCAAUGGAUUAUUUAUUGAAGCAAGUGCUAAAGAUGGAUCUCACGUGGCCGAAGCAGUUAUGGAACUGACAAGAUUGUUACGUACUAACGAAGAUCUGGAAGUUAAAACAGUUGGAAUGCAACUUCACGAGAUGAAUAUGGAUAAGAAAAGUAGUACAUGCUGUAGGCGUUAAAACAUAAUGGCGGCUUUUGAAGAAACCACGCAGGCGUGUGAGUUGAACGUUCAAAACUGCUGCAUUUAAUAUUGUAUAUGUUUAUCAAUAUUACAAUGGGUACAUUGAAUAAUUGAUCGGAAAUGCUACUGGUUUGAACAUUUAGAAGUAGAAACAGUCUUCCAGAAAAGUCCCAUUUUAUCAUAAUUUCAUUUGGAAUGGACAUUAAAUCAUUUUAAUCAAUGUUAUCGCAAAACAAAUGUAUGUUAUUUUAAUUUUAUAUUUGACAUUAUGCAUUAUUAAUAUAUCACAUAUAUUUAACAUAAAUAAUAUGUAAUACUUCGAUGUCUUCCAAAACAUGCAGGGUACAUUUUAUGUGCUAUUUUGUUCCAAUGUUUACAGCAUUUUACAUUCGAAAAUUAUAUCGCUAUAAUAAUAUAACGUCAUCAUAAUGUCAUUGCGUUAUUUGAAUGUUAUUUGCACUUGACGUUUGAGAGUUAUUUUAACGUCAUGCGGAGAUGACGUUAUUGUAAAACGUCGUUCCUUCAACGUUAUGUUAGCAUGCGUUCUUAAAAUGGGAUGAGAUGACGUUCUAAAUAGCUAUUUUAGAAUGACGAUUUCGAAAAAUUACGUUGUUUACGCUAUUGUGGGGUGCCCUUAUUUUAACGUUAUAAGAGCAUGUAGUUUCAACAUUAGCGAUAAUGUAAUAGCAUACAAUUAUUGUAACGACUUUGUUUUAUCGUUACUGUUGUUAAGUUAAUAAUCUUGUUAAAGAAACUUUGUUAUCCAUGGUUAUUUAUUGUUAUUGUAAAGUUUAUGUUUUUGUUAAGUUACUUAUGAACGACGUAGUGUUCACGGUUUGUGAUGUUGUACAGGGAAUACAUGUGUGGUUAAAGCACAUAUACCAUAUGUUUUCCACACGGAACAGAGAUAGGUCAUUUCGGGACUUACAUAAAAUGGUUCAAUUUUAUUUCAAUAAUACACUUGCGCGUAGGUGUCUUUAGCAGUGGGAGAAAACGGAGGACCCGGAGAAAACCCACGAGGUUGGACAGACGACCUUAUGGUGCAACGCGCAUGCGCUAACCGUUCGGCCAUCCAACCUCUUCCACGCGGAACACAGUUCACUAAAGCAUAAAUAAAAUAAAGACCACGUAUCGACUCCCGAGCCAGGACCGAAGGGGUCAAUCAACAUCUAGUCAUACUUGGAGACUAAAUGUCGGAGAGAGAAUGAACCGAAACGAUCGGGCCCCGAGUCAGAUGUGGCCCAAUUAGUGACUUUAAGACAAAGAUUGAUAACUCGAUCUAUUAACAACCUACCCAAUUAGUGAUUUUGAAACUAUAAUAAUUGAUUGAGCAGGGUAAUUUUUAGAAUGUAUAUAUGUAAUAAUUUGUAUUAUAAUUAGACAAUACCAAAUAAUCACAUUAUUGUUUACAGUGCAUAUAGUACAAGAGUUAUUGUUGACAUAGUACAAAUGCUAUUGUUUACAAUACACAUGGUACACAUGUUAUUGUUUACACUAUACACGGUGCAAGAGUCAUUGUUUACAACAAACAUAGCGCAAAACACAGGGCAGGGUUAAACUCUCAUGGGACCCCUGGCUGAAAGUGUCACUGGGAACCCUUGGACGACAUUAAAAGGGAACAUUUUCGUGUCAUUGUCCAUCACACUCACACCUAUACAAUUUGUAUGUCAGGAUAGUAGAUAGAUCGAAAUUGUUAAAACUAAUUUGGGACCCAGACUGCAUCCCAGUCAGCACCAACUUAAACAGGUAUUGACAAAACAUUGUUUACAAUGUACACAUAGUACAAUAGUUAUUGUUUACAAUGUACAUAUAGUUAUUGUUUACAAUGUACAUAUAGUUAUUGUUUACAAUGUACAGAUAGUACAAUAAGUUAUCGUUAACAAUACACAUACCAUUAUUUACAGUACAACAGGUAUUGUUUACGAUAGACAUUUUCUUGUUUUAAAUUUAUGUAUUACGGUUUACAAAACACAUAGUUCAAACAUUUGUUAUUUGUUAGAUAAACGUACAUAGUAUGUAUAUAGUAUUAAUAAAACAUUUUGUUUGUGGUUAUAUCUUAAUUGUUAUGCGGACAUGGGUUGAAAACAGAUGAUAUUAUAUUUAACUGUAUUAUUUUUUCAUAGCUUACUACUUCAAUUAUAUUAGUUAACUUUUGUACUUGUGUUGCUGGUUUUCGACGAGAUACAAUUUAUUUAGUUUUCUAUAGAAUUGUGAUUAACAUGUCUUUUUGGUCCAACUUUACCAUUGGAGCUUUCAUUGAGUGUGUAUGAGUUCCUGAAUAUUGAACGGGAUCAAUAAAUCCAGUAUCACUUGCUUUAUUAAUGAAUCUGAUUGAUAUUUGGCAGACAUAUCAUUAUGUCUGCGCAUUGUGAUUAGGGUUGUAUAUUUUAAGUUUGUAUAAAAAAAGGAAAAUGUCUGUAUUAUCAUCCACAGAUAUAACAGUGCCUUGCUAGCCGUGUUAAGGCUCCAAACAAAUAAAAUGUGACACUGGGUGUUACGGGAAUGAUAAGUUUUCCUUGCUAUAAUGGUUCUGGAAAAAGGUUUUGGUACUAGUUAUUUAUCAGUCCCAGUAUUACAGUGUUCAUCACAUGUCAUUAUCAAGUCAUGACCAGCACCAUGUUACAUUAUUAAUUUAUGUUGUUUAAUUCUGAAAACCAAAUAAGCACUUGUGUUGAGUCAUGAUAGCCAUAAUACGUUAGUAACUGGAAAAAAAUAAAUUAAUACCGGUAGUAGACACAGCUAUCUAGCGACGAACAUUAUUUAUUGCGCAGGGCCUAUUUUAGAUUUACUACUGCACCAUGUUAUUUUAAGUUAAAGGGUUUCCCCUUUAAUGGGAUUUAAUUACCUUGAAACCGCUUUUAAGUUUGACAUACUUAUUCGAGUGUAUCUCGACAAAGUCCCAAUCACCCUUGGGCAUUAUUCAUGAAAACUUAAAAUAAAAUAUUAUACGGAUGCUGACUUUUAAAUUCUAGGUCUUUUCAAAUGAAAAGGCAUCCUCGGUAUCCCUAGUGGUUAGGGGUUGGGAUGGCCUAGUGGUCUAGAGUACCGGAAUGAGACCACUAUGGAUACCGAGGAUGAUGAAAAGGCUGCAUUCUUGAAAUGUUUUUGUUUAAGGAAUAGUGAACAAUGCCUACGUUCUCAUCAUAUCGCACCAUUGCUUCAGUUGGUAAAGAGUUUAAAUAGCACCAUAUUCUGCUUGUGAAAUCCUAUCUUUGUUAAUUUUUACAUAAAGUGCAAUAUGUAUGUUUGUAAACAUUUUAGUUUUUGUAUAUCAUCCUUUAUAAUUAUUGUAUAUUGUAUAUUCCAUCAUGUUCUAGCUUUAUAUGAUUAAAUAAUCGUUAAUGACCCAAAUGUCAUAUUUCUUGAUGGUAAGGAAUUUUAGAAUCUUAAUAUCGUUUUUACGGAUCAACGAUCGCGAAAUCAUCCUUGAAGGUAUCACAACCCUCUAUUGCAGAUGGUAUCAUCGCAAAUAUAUCAAGGAUUUAUAUUUGAGACGUUUAAAUAUAGUAUUUGUAUCAAAAUUGUAAAAUUGGCGGACACCUGAAUUCGGUGCUUGGUUUAGCUUUCGAAAAACUCACGUUUCGUUUCAGAAAAAAGUAAAUUGUGAGUUUUACAGAUUUAAAGAAAAAAAAAUCAAUCAAAUAUUAUCUACAAAAAACAAAUUUAUUUCGUAUAUACUAUACUUACCGGACUUCUAUUAAGUACUAUGAUAUUAAUGGCUGUUGUGUGCGUGGCAGGGUAUUUACCCCUUCGAGAACAACACCUAUUACCACUUUCUAUUAUGCCGAGUUUUCCGAAUUUAUCCUUUAAACUUUAUAUUUGAACUACUAAUGUGUAUUCGACUUUAAUUUUGAUAGGAAUGGGUUCUAACGUCUCGUCUCGUAAAUGGAUCAUUUUGAAACUAAAACACGAUUUUUUUCUAUGAUCACCUGUGCAAUGAAAGAUAUAAAAACAUGUGUCGAGACAACCUAGUUUCUACCUACUUUUAUUUGAUGUCCAAAUGUCGUGGUUCUUUUAUAUGUACUCCAAUAUGUUCUCGGUUUUCGUACCAUCCUAACGACUAGGCAAGUGGGAAUUUUUAUUUGAAUCAUAUUCAUGCAUUUCAUCAUGUUUAUCCGUCCAUAGUUCACUGUUAUCAUACAUAAUAUAGUAUAUAUGUGUAUGUAUAUGUAUAUACCCUGUAUCUAUUGUUACACUGACCUAUUUCACAUUUGCAUAAUAUAUCGCUUGUUUUGGUUGUUUAUGUUUUUAAGUACUAGCACUGUCCCUGGAAGGAGUUGUCUUUCUCUGUUUUCACUCUUCUCUGUUAAAGGUUAAAUUUAUUAUGUAUAUUGUAAAUACUCUCUAAAUUGAAAUAAAAGAAUAAUACAAA